CGGAGUUCUGGGCAUGACAUGGGCGAUUAGACUCUCGGCCAUGUUUCUCCUUUAUUGCUGGCAAGUGUUUCCGAUGAUUUGAACAUUCCCUCUCCGCUGCUGUCGUAUUCCGUGCAGCUUAGCGUGCAUAUUGUUGACAAGUCGGUUUAUUGGAUCUUGGAUAAUUCGGUCGAUCGAGUGGCUGCAUCUGCUGAAGGCUGGCAGGAGAAAGAAACAUCUCUCUUCUUGCUCUCUACCAUGACAAGCUGAGACAAGACAGCAUUUACGACAUGUGCAGAGAAUGGCCUACAACGAUGCAUACUCUUAUGAUGCCGAUAGUAUACGACCCGACGACAGCAUUAGCCGCCGAGGAGACAAUGCCAGCGUCAGAAGCUCCGGCAUGAUCUCUCCAGCUCCUGAUUGCGACGACGACCCAGCAGACUCUCACGUUUCGCAUUCGACCUUCAAGAAUGAUCCGCCAACGACUCCUCCGUCAAGACACACCUCAGUCCGCUCCUCGCAACCUCAGACUCCUACGACAUUCGUGCCCAGUAAGAAGGAAAGAGUACGGUAUAGCUGGCAGUCCAUUCACGAGGAUGAGCCUAACAAGCCCCGGAUACACGUUGUCAAGAUUGUCUCAAAUACAGCCACAGCAUCGGCUGCCUCUCCCCAGGGUGAAGCCUUGGCCUUUUCGCUGUCCCCUGCUGGAAAAAGAAUUGCUGCUUACAAUUCGGCCAGACUGUUCGUCUUCCAGACUGCUGCUUUGCCUGUGAACGUGUCGCAUGAAUAUGCCUUGCGUAGGCGUCCUUUGGCUGUCGAGAUUUGCGACGAGGCGAAUGUGCUUGCUGUGCUGGUCGACGAGCAUACUGUCAAUGUCUAUGACUUGUCGCACAACAAUGCCCGUCGUGUGAGGACUGUCAGGACAGACUUGCCGACUUCUACCAUCGCUUUGUCUUCUACCGGUGGUCUUCUCGCUGCUGCAUACGAAGGUGGAGUCGAGAUCUUUUCGUUGGCUCCAAACGCUCUCAUCACCGACCGUCGUGCUGUGAGGGCCCCAAAAAUGGACAAGCUGGUCUUUUCCCAAGAUGAUUCGACCUUACUCGGAACAACGACUCGCAUCUUCACUUCAUCUACGCUGGUUGUCUCGGUACCAAUCUUUCCUUCGACUUCUUCUGGUGAACCUUCCCAUCAAGAGCUUCAGGAAGCUUGGUGUACUGGAAUGUUAGAACCGCAGAAUAUUAAAAAUAGUAGUCAUGCCACCUUUAUGCGUGAAGAUGGAUCCAUGGCUAACGAUACACUGUUUGCUUGGAACGGACUCGAGGACACCUUUGGGUUGCUGCAUACCCAAGACAUGCUUUACAGUCAGGUCGACUUUCCUGUUGCAAUCUCUCCUCCGCUAUCGACAUGUGGAGGACUAGGCGCCGCAAUACAUCACUGUCCUUCCAUUGAUGAACAUGGAAAAAUUGUGGCCAUGAUUGUGAAUGACCGCACAGUCCGUCUCUACAUAGUACCCAACGAUGCCGAGGACGGCACGACAAAAGUCGAAGCACACAGCAUCGACCAUGAACUAGACGAAGAGUAUGGGUGCCCUUUUACGGACCUUCGCUGGGUCCAUUCACGUCUAAACUUGCCAGCUUCUGCCCACUCACCUCAUCAGAUCAGAGGAAGAUUGGUUGUGACCAGUCCAGGUUCCCUUCUUGAUGCCGACCAAGCAGAGUUGAGCGUACAAGAUGUCGAAGGUGGUCGAAUCAUUCUUUUCGAUUUUGACCCACAAUUCGCUGGCCAACCUGGGCAGACAUUUGUUCUCCAUGUCGGCAAAGCUCCGCCUGUGACGCUUGAGGAGGAGAAAAUGGAUGUUGCUGAUGAGAUUGCAUUGGUGCGAAGGCGGACAGUGACUUCAACCCGAAGCAAUACGCUUGGAAAGAAGACGCCUUCACUCGGAAGAGCCGCAACGACCGUGUCAAGGCGCCAAGAGAGCUCUCCAUAUCGGAACGGCAGUCCAGCUGGGUCGAUGCAGCGAAUGGCAGUACAUACGUCGCCGUGGAGAAACCGACGAGUAAACUCGUCCGUCAUAUCACUGUCGGCUGAUGCUACUCGAUCUCUACCUGACUUGCUUGAAUCAAGCGAGUUGGCCGCUGAGUCGCUUGAGCAACCAUACACGCAAGGUGCGCCUCGAUCAUACAUGUCGAUCGAACGUGCAACCACAGCCGCCAAUGCACAUCGAUUUCAAACCCUCGAGGAGCAAGAAGCGGAAGCUGAUCAUCCUGGAGAUCUCCCGCUACCUGCAUAUACCGAGCUUCCGAAUCAACCGCUACCUGGAAAAUACCGUGCUCUUGCAGGACUGGAUAUACCAAGCCAUGGACGCUUCGUGCAGCAGACCAGUACCCCUCCUUCUGCGAUUGCUACAGCGCCACCGACUUUUCACGAUCAUCGAUUCCCAUCGCCAGCCUCAACUUUGUCUCCACCUGCAGUUCCUCUCCACAUGAGCUCUUACCACCAGAACAUCAGUCCAAUCAGCUCUCUCGCACAAUCUGCCACAAGGAGUGAUUAUAACCCUAGUCCACUUACUGCGCGAUCUGGAACACUUAGGACAUUACGUACUCAAUCGUCUUGGGAGACGGUCAAUACAAACGCGCUAUCAACACCGCAUGUCCCCUCAACACUUCGCUCUCAACCUAGCUGGGAAAGUGGCGGAACGUUGAGUUUCUUCUCACCAGAGAUGUCGCAAGGAAAUCGAACGGUGCCUACAAGUCCCGAACACAUGCGGGCUCCACAGAUGAUGCAAGGACUAGGUCUACAAGACUUCCGACACUCACUUUUAAUUCCUCAAGAACGAUUUGUCGAAGAUCGACCUCGCACAACAGCAUCUGACCCGCAAGCCCAUGAUGAACCUACGAAUCAUAUCCAACAUCGUCCUCCGCAUGUAAACGCCAUGCAAGCAGUGAACUAUGCAGCAGCAAACAACCUAAUGCCUACAAGCACCAAUACUUCCGAGCGAACUUCUACUGGAGCAGUAUCAGCAAUCAGUGCUUCCUCCAGCACGGGCACUAUACCGCCACGUCCCGCUACCUCUGCAGGUAAUGUGGGAUAUCAAGUAACAGCCUGGUUUCCACCCGCCGCUCCCACCCCCGUCGAUGACCGCCCUUCCCUCGCCCAUCGCUCCAAAUCCGCCAUCGACCCUUCUUCCCGUCCCGUGUCCAACACUCGCGCCCUUCACACCUCACAUUCCACCAGGACAGGUAGAGGAAGCAGCACCAACGGAGAAGACGACUCGCCGAAUCUAAGACGCAGUAAGAGCGUGGGAACGGGGAGGAAAGCAUGGUUUGCUAAGAAAAAGCAAUUGGAAGAUAGGAUUGGAGGGGAGGUCCUUCCGACGAUUGGAAGAGGUGUUAGAGAGGAUCUUUUGCAUCAUCAGGAGCAGGGGAAGAGGUGUGUUGUCAUGUGAUUUGGUUAUCUUGUUGAUGAAUUCUUUGGGUAGAGGAGUUUCUUGUAGUAGAGGAUGAGGAGUUUAUGCAUUAGUUGGCGUUGAGCGUUUGCUUUUGGUCCAUAACUAUACCACAACGUACUCGCAGACUCUCGGGGUCUCGCAAAACACAUGUUGCACGCUAGAGCGAAUGUUGCGAAAUCCGAAGUCCCGAGGCGUCCGAGCUGCCGAACAUUGGUCAUGACCUCCAACCGAACCCUUUUAAUGACCGUCGUGUACUGAUUGAAGUCUCGCUGUAGGAUCGAGGAUCAACAUGAGAAAUGCAAUUGACUUGCGAGUACAUGAGCCUUGUGAUCGCAGUCCUUAUCGAAGGUCUCAC